AUGGCACCCAUGUUCUCUCUUUCCCUGGGCCUCCCACUGUCUCUGCAGCUGCAGGGUCCCUCUGCUACUCCACUGUUCGACCUGGGCAUUAGAUCUUCUUUCUUGCUCAGCUUUAACGUGUUCCGGGGUGAGGACAGGGCGGCUGGGGCCUCAGUGGCGGCGCAGAAGCUCAUCCGUGGCCGCCGGCCCUCGAGUGGACCCAAUGGGCCGGCCAGUGGCCAGGCUGGUCCCCCUCCUCCUCCUUCUGCUCCCCGGGCAGGGCGGGAGGGCCCAGAAUGUCACUCUCUCCUUGUUGUCUUUGCAGCUGGAGCCUGCAGUAGCAGUGGGUGCUGUUUCCAGGACCCGCCGUAUCCGGAUGCAGACUCAGGCUCGGCUUCGGGCCCCAGAGCCCUGAACUGCUACCGGAUAUCCAGUGCCGGUUACGAAUGCUCCUGGCAGUAUGAGGGCCCCGCGGCCGGGGUCAGCCACUUCCUGAGGUGCUGCCUCAGGCCCGGGCGCUGCUGCUACUUCGCCACUGGCUCAGCCACCAAGCUGCAGUUCUCCGAGCAGGAUGGCAUAUCUGUGCUCUACGCUGUCACACUCUGGGUGGAAUCCCGGGUCGCGAACCGGACGGAGAAGUCGCCUGAGGUUACCCUGAAGCUUUACAGUUCAGUUAAAUACGACCCUCCGCCAGGAGACAUCAGGGUGUCUGGGGCAGCCGGCUGGCUGCGCAUGGAGUGGGAGACCCCAGCCCGCCAGGAGGGGGCCCAGGUGCAGUUCCGGCGGCGGGCGCCUGGCAGCUCGUGGAAGCUGGGCGACUGCGGACUUCAGGAUGAUGCUGGCUUCGAAUCGUGCCUCUGCCCCCUGGAGAAAGAUGCAGCCCAGGAGUUCCAGCUUCGGCGGCGGCGCCUCGGGCCAGAGGCCCCGGGAAGUCCCUGGAGCAGCUGGAGCAGCCCUGUGUGUGUUCCCCCUGAAACCACUCCCCAGCCUGAGGUGAGGUUCUCGGUGAAGAGGCUUGGCCGUGAUGGGAGGAGGCAGGUGACCCUGGAGGGGCAGCCGCCCCCGCUCGCGCUCCCGGAGGGCUGCGGCCGGCCGGGCGCCGGCGCGGACGUGAGCUACCGCGUGCGCCUGCGCAUGCUGUCCUGCCCCUGCAAGGCCGAGGCCGCGAGGACCCUCCGCCUGCGCGACACCCUCGUGCUCUCGGGCGCCGCCUACGACCUGGCUGUCGUCUCCCGGAACCGCUUCGGCCCCGGCCCCAACCAGACGUGGCACAUCCCCGCCGACGCCCGCACAGAACCAGGGGCCCUGAGCAUCAGCGCCGGAGCCAAUGGGACCACCAUGCACUGGCCAGCGCGGGCCCAGGGCACGACCUACUGCAUCGAGUGGCAGCCCCAGGGCCAGGACAGGAGCCUCGCCACCUGCACCCUGACUGGACCCCAGGACCGGGACCCUGCUGGCAUGGCAACCCACAGCUGGAGCCGAGCAUCUGGGGCGAUGGGGCAGAAGGUGUGUUACCGCAUCACCAUCUUUGCCUCUGUGCGCCCGGAGAAGCCCACCUCGUGGUCCACGGUCUUGUCCACCUACCACUUUGGGGGCAAUGCCUCGGGCGCCGGGAGCCCGCAGCACGUGUCGGUGAAGCAGCUCAGCCGGGACUCGGUGGCUGUGGCCUGGACGCCGUCGCUGCUGAGCAGCUGCCCGGGCGUCCUGAAGGAGUACGUUGUGCGCUGCCGCGGCGAGGGCAUCGGCCCGGGCUCAGAGCUGCCCGUGAAGCCCACGGAGACCCAGGCCACCGUCGGCGGCCUGCGAGCUGGUGCAGCCUACACCGUGCAGGUGCGGGCGGACACCGGGACGCUGCGCGGGGCCUGGAGCGCACCCCAGCACUUCAGCAUGGAAGUGCAGGUUUCUGAGCUGGCUGAUCUGUCUGUCCUCCUGGCGUCUCUGGGGAGCUUCGUGAGCAUCCUCCUCCUGGGUGUCCUGGGGUACCUCGGCCUGAACAGGGCCGUACGGCACCUGUGCCCACCCCUGCCCACACCUGGUGCCAGCACUGCUGUUGAGUUCCCUGGCAGCCAGGGGAAGCAGGCCUGGCAGUGGAUCAGCCUGGCAGACUUUCCGGAGGAAGAGUCCCCGAAAGAGGUCCUGGUGGUGAACGUGUCAUGGGACAAAGGUGAGGGGACUGACCUGGACAUACCCGAGCCCCUCCAGAAGAUGACGCUGCCUCGGAGUGUUCCUGAGCCGGCCCUGGACACAGCGCUGCCCUCGGAGGACAGCAGACAGGCGCCAGAACACCUGGAGGCCAGGGCCCUGGGGCCUGGAGGGCAGGACGGCCUGAAGGGCAGCCCUGCCCUGGCGGCUGGACUCCCGCUGCUCCUGGGGGAUCUGAUGCAGAGCCCCAGGUUCCGUGACCCUGGGCACGGGGGCCUGGAGGCCUGAGGGAGGAACGGGAACUUCCACCUCAGCUUACGGACAGGAAGACCUCUGACUGCAAUCCAGACGGCUGGUUAUUGAGUGCUUAUUGGAUACCCAGCUGUUCCAUCCAGACACUCGCAUGACAUCCUGAGUCCCCACAACCACUUUGAGAGGUCACAGCUGUUCUGUCUUACAGAUGUGACCACGGAGGCUCAGAGAGGGCAAGUGGCUAGCCUGUAGCCACACAGCAUGGACAGGAGUCAAACCCGGGCCAAGGGACCUGGACCCCAUUUUCACCCCCAGGCU